CCACUGCCAAUCCUAUAAAGAUGAGACCGGGGACCAAGCCUCAUACGGUGUCAUCAUUACUGCCUUACCAGCAUGGCACCAUCACCAACAUUAAUGCUGGAUCUGUGAUCAGAGGGGCUCCAGUGUGUGCUGGGGUUUCAAAAGAUGGUGGGCUAUCUUGGAUCACACAUGGCCCUGUAGUGGAGGUAGUGAACACAAAGACCAGAAACUGUCUGGCAUCAUGGACAUUUGGUGCAGUGCUGAAGGACUCGCAUACAAGUAUUGCCAGUGUGGCCGAGUACAAAUGUAACCAAGAUUUGAAGCUAUUAUUGGGAGUCAACAACUCGUCAGACAACGGCAUGCUCUGUGUGUUUGAUGUCAGUCUGUCCAAAGUUGUCAAAGCCAUAGAAAUUCCUCAUAAGGUUACCUUUGUGGAGCCUGUGACUUCAGUCGGUGGUGAUUAUGUCCCAAUUUGGGCCCUCAACGAACAACUUCGACAGUUUUAUGGUAUUGUGGCAGUGGGCACUGAAGGAGGCUUUGUCUACUUAAUUGAUAUGUGUGUUGAUGAAGAGGCUGACUACUCUGAUGAAAUAAUGCCUAAUCGACUCUUGUUUGUAACACCACGAUCACGAGAUGUCCAGCAGCGCAGGGUACAAGCUGUUUCUAAGGGCCAGCAACUCUGCAUGGUUCUCGAUGAAGAGGCCCAGUGUCAGGGUGAAUACCAGUACAGGCGAUGUGACGGCACUGUUCUAAAGCUCUUCAACACAGAGGAUGUCAAAGUUACCUGUUUGAAAUACAUUCCUCAGACUGGCAACCUGGUGGUUGGCUUCAACUUUGGCUGCUUCCAGUUGUGGAAACUACAUAUACCUGUACUGGAGUACAGCAGUCGAUUGGAGGUUGAUUCUGUUCCAGUAACUCAUAUCGCCUACCAGGAGCCAGAGAAUGACCCCAAAAAUUUCUGCUACCUAUGGAUGGCCCGGGACCCAUCAGAACAACAAGAUGAAGGUGUGUCAACAACCUCUUUAUACCAGCUGGCAUACAAUAAAAAGACCUGGUACAGUAACUAUGGAGCAUUCUACGAGGAAUUGACAUCCGUGAGCUUACGUUUUGAGCUGGAAUUGACAUCAACUCCACUGACUCUAAGCAACAAAUCCACAGUAUCCAGUAGAAUAGUUGCUUGUUACACACUUGAGGAUCCUAACUACAGCACACCAGCUCGCCUGGGCGAAGACGAGUCUUUUGAGGAAAGUGUUCAUGGUCCAGAUCUAAGUCUCUGUGUAACAGUGUGGGAAAGUAGUGAUGGUCAGUCGAUCCGUGACACCUGUCAUCUUGCCGUGUUUGACAUGAACAGAUGGUACCAUGCACAGAUGCCAGCAACUGUCAGAAACAUUGCCAGUGUCAUGGAUACUUGUCCCUACCUUGCCUGUCUGAGUCUGGAGGAUGCUGCAGACGUCGCCGCUCCAGACAACAUCAUAGCGGUACACAUUGGUACAGAAAGACUGAGAAAAUUCACCAACAACUCUCCCAUGCCUCCCGAGCAACACUUCUAUCCAUCUUCUCUGGCAUUUGAGGCCUUAAUGGUAACAGAGUCAGGAUUUGUGAAGGCAAGCUACCUUGGCACACAGCGACAGGUUCUUGCCAGUAUGAACAAGAUGGGCCCCUCCAUUCUGUUGAAUCCUAAGGAACUGUACGGCCUGAGUGUCUAUAUGGGACUGCUUCCUCGUCCCUUAGACUCGGCCUUACAUCCCCCAGCAGCGAUUGAGAUGAGAGAGAUGCUGUUGUCCCUGGCUCUCGACUACAACAUGAUCAGCUUCCUCAUCAAAUGUGUUCAACAGUGGGCAGCAGGGGAGUAUGUACAUGUAGGCUGUACCCUAAAGUUCCUUCUAGACUGGGCAUGGGACAAAGUUGGCACCAUCAAAAACAUCAUAGACACCACAUGUACUCCAUUGUAUGACUGGUCAGGAAUCACUUUAGAUCAGAGAUCUGUACAGACGCUGUACCAGUGCCAGCAGAAAUUGGAGUAUUUGACAACACUCUUCAAAGUCUUGCUGAACCAAGCAGCUCCCACCACAGAGCAGGGGUUGGUUGACUUACAGAACAAACUUUGUGCCCUGACUUACGUUACACAACAUCUACAGAUGGUGCUAUGGUUCGUCCGAGUUGGAUUGCUUCCAGAACGUGAUGAUUGCGAUGACAGAACAGACCAGCAGUACAGUUACCCAGCCUCAAACCUAGUACAUGCCUAUAGGACCAAAAGACAGGAUUUACACAAACUGCACAGUGAUCUCGCGGAUCCCGACCUUCUGAUGAUUGAUGGCCUUCUGUCACACAUGGGGCCAGCUGUCAGGAAUCUUUGGAGCCGAGAAGGAGGAGAUGGUCUCUAUCCCCCACCUAGUCUACAUGCCCUGCUGAGUAUCUACCUUCUAGAUGAUGUUGAUCUUGUUGCCAAACACAGUGUGGUCCUUUACCUCCUCCUCGACCUUGUCUCUCUCGUCAAUGCGGAGCGACAUCAACAGUUUGUUGACAAGAUAAGCAAGUUUUCAAAAACAUUUGCUAUUCCUCGGAGUGUGGUGAAGCAAGUUCAAGGCUGCUGGCUACUAGACCAUAGUGAUUUUGAGGAAGCAUUGUCUGUGAUAUUGGAUCCCAUGGUCCUGGAGGAGAUGGGAAGAUGGCAGCAUGGUAGGAUUAUCCGAGCCUUACUCUACCAAGGUGCUAGCAAGAUGGCCCUUCGUUAUCUGAGUACUGCCCAGCCAUCUCUGACUUCACCGGAGGAUGUCAAAUUGAAGCUGACCGUCUUACUAGCCAGCGGACUGACUGCCGAGGCUUUAGAGUAUCAGAGGACUUACAGAGACCAGGUCAACAUGCAUGACUUGCUCUUCCAUCUGUUUCUGGGCUGUCAACAGAUGAAAACCAUGGACCAGCUUCUCCAGUUACCUCUGACAGAGGCAGAAGAGCACCACCUGGUCAGGUAUUUGACAGAGAGUUCAGAACCUCACUCCCAGGAAGUCCUAGUGCUGCACUAUCUCCAGCGAGCCCGAUAUGUUGAAGCUAUCCAACUCAACGAGAAGCUUAAGCAGACAGUAUUUGCCGAGACUAGCUCAAAGGCACGUGAGAGAGUAGCGGCAAGGAACGCGAUUGUGGAUGGUUUCAUGUCUGUGUUGUCAGGUGCCCAAAAGAAACUCAUUUUUGAGAAUCACAACAUUCCAAAGAAGAAUAUGGUGCAAAAGAGAGAAGUGAAGAAGCCGAAGCCUUUAUCGACGACUGUAACCCAUAGUAGUCACACUCGUGUGGUGUCACAAGCUUCUUUGUUCCUCGAGGUCGCUGAGAAGGUGCAGGAGGUAAAACAGGAGGACACCCCAGAGAAGUUAAGUGAAGAUCCUGUUGGACCAUUUGUGUGUACCCCCAUCACACCAAAGCCUCAGUCUCGACUCAGCUUAUCUCAGCCUGUAACCUAUCCAAAGAUCUGUAAAGACUCUGAGAGUGGACUGAAGGCCACACCCUGGCGACCUGCUGCUUUGUCAUCUCUGACACCUUUCUCAAAUUCCAAGAGUCCAUCCACACAUUUGUCUAAAAGGAGAUCUAAGAUAUUUGGAGCAGAAGUGUUGAACAUGCUGGAAACUCCAAAGGUACAAAGGCGGACCCCAGUAAAGAAGCAGCCGUCACUGUCUGCCCGCGCUACACCUCAGUCCAUUCUCAAAGUGAAAAGGUUUCUGGUGAGGUCUCCCUCCAGUCAGCUGUCACCAUCACAGACAAGUAUAGAAGAUACAAACCAGUCAUCAGUCUCCAAGCCAUUUGCUAAGAAGUUAGGAUUCCAUGAGUCAUCAUUACCAGCCUCCCCCAGAACUGUGUCCUUUGUUGACACACCUAAAGACGUACCUUCAGCUCCCAUGCCGAAACAUCUCCACUUCUCAGGGGUCAAGGGGCAAAGGCCUCCAAAAGGUCAAAGAUCACCUGUAACUCCUCCUAGCCCAAGAUCUCUUAAAGACCGCAGUCCAACACCAGAAAGCAUUUCACGUUCCCCCAAGAACUUCGCUAAGAUGGAUGAUCUACGACGCCCUCCUCUCCACGACGAGAGGAAACUGUCUCACCCUGUGAUCACUAUGGACUUGGAUGAUGAUGACAUCACAUUCAAAUUUGAUACAGGUGAUACCAAUAUGACACCAGAGGUAGAUGAGAGUACAGAGACAUUCAACACUCCAUCUUCUCCGCCAGGGAAUGUUACAGCCCCCUCUUCUGAGGCAGCCAUGCAGUCGUCUCCUCUGGGGGGUAUUAUAGAAGGUGUAGACAAGCUGCCUGCAUCACCUGAAUUACCAGCACCCUUUACUUCACUGAGAGAGAGUCACGACAGCCCCCUCAGGCUGCGACAGAGUCCCCUGGUGAAAAGUUUGCCGCGCUCACCAACUGUGAAACUUUCAAAGUCACCCAUUAGGGGUAGAUACACUCCUAAAUACCAGCAGUAUGAAGAGGGGCCCAGCAGGCUGGAGGAGGAAUCUGUUAAGGAGCCGAGUGUUACAUUAGGUGAUAAGGAAGAACCUAUAGAAAUUGAUCUGACAGAGGAUGAGGACAUGGUCUCAGACGAUGUUAAAAAUGUAUCUAUGGAUGACCGUGUGCAAAGUGCCAGUCAGAUUAUAAGUGGGAGUGUGUCACCGUCUUUAAAAACUAAUCGAUUAGAAGCAGGUAAUUUAGAGUCUGUACCGCCUCCUUCUGAGCGAGUGUUCUCCGAGCAGUCUGGUCGGCAGUCCUUGUUCAUGGAGGCAGACAGCAGCAGCAUGGAAGUGUCAGAUUCAGUUGCUCAAGUCGGACAGAUUCGGCAUGUGUCUUUCAGCACCGAGCUUGUCCCAGCUGAGGAAAUUGAAGGCUCUGUGGAGUUGCAAUGUGCAUCAUCAAGUAUAGACAGAAAUGAGAAUGCAAAUUCACAAACAGAUGAAGUACCAGAGGUAAACUCAUCCGUACUGGUGCAGGGGGAAGAUAAACCCCUGGAAAUUACUAUACCUGAGGUUGAUUCUGUAGGUCCCCCAUCUCCGCGCAAGUCUCCACGCCUGUCUAGGGCUAGUGAGGAGGCAGAUACUGGUAUACAGUCAACUACUAAAACUGGCACACCACCUACCACCCCAAAACAAAGUUCAAAAAGUUCAUCCGCCUCGCCUAAACGUUCACCAAAACCUCGCAAGGAAGCGGUAAAAGAUAUGCGAGAACAGCUUGUGAUUGAAGUGAGCCAAGCAGAGACCAACAGUAGUCCCCCUUCUCCAAGACGUUCGCCUCGGUUUACACUGCAGGAGGAUGACAGUGAGAGCCCAGUUCCUGCUUUGUCACCACGGAUACCGCCAACCCCUCCAGAGUCCGGCCAGGACUCUCCAACGAAAUCACAGGACAUGGCGAGAAAGGCAAAGUCCAUUAGUCCUACCCGCAUAUCGGUAGUUACCCCAACUCGAAAAUCUGCACGACAGCAAAAACAGGAAGUACACAUGUAUGAUACACAGGCCAACAUCAAUACAGACCCUGUAACCCCUACCCGCCGCUCAUCAAGAAAGCUUAAAGAGCCUGUGCAGAAAAUAGAAUUUGAGGAGAUGGGUUCUGGAGGCCCUCUAACACUCCCACACCAAGAAAGUGCCAAGGCUGCUGAUUCUUCCUCACAGGAACCAACAACACCUACAAGGCGCGGCCGUUCUAAGAAAAAGCCUGAUCCUCUAAUCGACUCUACCUCACAGGAGCCGACAACACCUACAAGGCGCGGCCGUUCUAGAACACAGUCUACCGCAGUUGUUGAUUCCAAGUCUCAGGAGUCAACCACACCCACAAGAAAAAGUCGUCAAGGUUCUCUUCAAGUUGAGGACAACACAAUGCCUACUCCACAGGAACCAACUACACCCACAAGGCGUGGUCGUUCCAAGGUUCAGCCAACCUCAGAUGUGAAAUCUGAGGACUCAACUAUACUUCAGAAGGCUAUUACACCAACUAGACAGACAAGGCAGUCUAGACUCUCCGCAACUAUUCCUGAAACUGUCCCCUCCCCACAGGAACCUACAACACCUACAAGACGGAGUCGGCGCGGCACAAUCACCGAUACUUCAGCUUCUCUGGAACCUACAACGCCCACAAGGCGGGGUCGAACAAAGGCUGGGGACAGCACCUUACACCAGGAAGAGUCAGUUCUGAAAACACCAACCUGCCAAUCAACUGUCACCACCAAGACUGAAGAAUUUGUGGCAGCAAGCUCAUUCACAUUUGCCGAACCUGUAUUAAUGGACUUCAAACAGGAUGAAGAAGUGAAGCCAUCAACACCAUUAAAAUCCUUUAUAUUCUCACCACCAAUUACACGAUCACGGGAGAGCUUCUACAGGUUGCAGGCUGCAAGGAAACGUAGCAGUCGGGAGCUGGAGCUGAAGUCCGAAACAGAAACCAUGACCCCAUCUUCAAUCCUGCUUCCUCCUCCACCAGAAGUCGCACCACCACCCCAACCUGUCCCUGUAAAGAAAGAGAAAAAGGCCACUAGGAAAACAAAGAAGAAAGUUGUUGAGGAAGAGACGAUUGUGUUAGUGAGUCCUAUCAAGGAGGAGAACGAUCGACCAGCUAGGAGAAUGGUGACACGUCAACGAGCAAAGAAAGAGGAUGUUGUUCCCACUAAGACGCUCCGUGGAUCAGAACCUGGUAAGGCUUCUCGCCUGAGGUCAAAGAGAAAGCCAGUCAAACUGUGAUUUACAAACUCCACAAUAUUAUAUGGUAUAGGGAACUAAGGCACUCCAAGGAACUUAACCCGUCGAGGAAUCAAGGUGGAGUUUCAGGAGAAAGCUGAUUAAACUACAAUUUACAAAUUGUGCGGUAUUAUGUGGUUUAGAGCGCUGGAAUCAAAGGAUCUGUGUUCAUAAACAAACCCUGUUAACUAUUGUACAGACCAUGUGAUGGGUUACAGUCCUUGUCAUGUGUUUGCAUUACUGCCAAACGUUGCUAGGAAUUGUCCCUGAGACACAAUAGCCACUGUUUAUACAGGAACGGUGCCAGAUAUGUGAUCAUAGACUCUGUAACAUUUUCUCUGUGAAUUGUGCAAUAGAUUCCAAAAUUGAUGAAUGAAUUGCUCAAGAAAAAUUACCCAUAAGGAGGCUGAUUUUGAUGUGUGUGUAUUUCUCCAACUUUAUCAUGGAAAUUUACAUAAGACAAAAGAUUUGGAUUUAUACCACAGAAUACAUGCAUUGUCUACAAAUUUUAAUUUUUUGUUCGAAAUCUUGUUUUCUUUUUGCAUUGCUUCUUCAGGAUAUACAUCAUCUGCAAAAUUUAACCACACAAUCCUGUUACUAUUGUAAUAGUAUUAUAAAUUCAAUCAUACAUUUUAAGUGUUGGCAUGCAAAACCUGAAGGCAUUUUUUGUAAAGUGGUAACAUAAGAAAUAAAUUGGUUUAUGUAAAAAAAAAAAUUACGUGUCUUUUAUUGAUCAAUGGAAAUUGGAUUAUUGACUUCAUAACAUUACCAUUUAUUUGAUGAAAUACAGUGGACUGAUGAUAAUCUGGACAGUGAUAGUCCUGAGAACUCCCAAUUCAGAUGGACAUGUUAGGGAUUUCUAUACCAUUAAUUGUACUCACCUGUCAGGAAAUUUUAAUUUCAGUUCAAUUUUGCCUGGAAAUAAAGAUAUCUGAAUUAUCGAGGUCCACUGUACUUCUUCAUGCCUUGCACAUUAUGGGAGUUGGUUUAGAACUCA